CAUAAGGGGACGUGCUGAAUCGUUUAGGCUACUUUAGGGGAAGAAAGGGUGCAGACAGACUCUCUUCUCACGAUAUUUCAACUGAACAGCGUUUGUGCUGGCUGAAAUGACAAGCUGCUAUGUCGAAAAUGACUCUGUAACUUCAAUCAGUCUGUCUGAAUUAUCCAGCUCAUCGUCUGUGUCUGACAGAGCCUGUGUUCACUGGGGUUGUGUACUCAGUGGUUCCGAGACCACAGCUGUCUUUCAAGCAGAAAAUGAUCUUCUGGAGAAUCAGUUCUUCAUCAAAACGAUAUGUCUUAGUGAGGAGGCAGGAGAUGAGAUGCAUAUUGUGUCCGUCUGUGACGGUGUCGGAGCUUCCAAACCAUUGCCUAUUGCCACUCUCCGCCACUGCAUGCCAAUGAUCAGUUUUCCUGGUUUGGAGCUCAUCCCACCUGUCACCUUUAAACUGUGCUCUGGUAAAGGACCUGUGUUCAUCUCUGCUCAGCAUAUAACAUUGAAUCCUAUUGAAAUGACUGAAGGAGAAGAGGAUGAAGAUGGUUGAAUGCUAGUGAUGAGAGCUUAUUUUGACAGUUUGAACCAUGGAUCCUGUGUGGCGACAGUGCACCCUAUCAAUGUUUGUUUCUAAAGCAUGAUGCUCAAUGUUGAAAAACUGUAUUAACCUCAAGUGUUUUAAUGCUAAUGAAAAACAGUCUUGUAAAAUAAUAAAAUAUGAGUGUAAAUAAUACCACAAUUUUAUAUGA